AUGCUGUCCACAGACCUGCAGCUGUGUUUAGACCCAUCCAUGCUGUCCACAGACCUGCGGCUGUGUUUAGACCCAUCCAUGCUGUCCACAGACCUGCGGCUGUGUUUAGAUCCAUCCAUGCUGUCCACAGACCUGCGGCUGUGUUUAGACCCAUCCAUGCUGUCCACAGACCUGCGGCUGUGUUUAGACCCAUCCAUGCUGUCCACAGACCUGCAGCUGUGUUUAGACCCAUACAUGCUGUCCACAGACCUGCGGCUGUGUUUAGACCCAUACAUGCUGUCCACAGACCUGCGGCUGUGUUUAGACCCAUCCAUGCUGUCCACAGACCUGCAGCUGUGUUUAGACCCAUCCGUGCUGUCCACAGACCUGCGGCUGUGUUUAGACCCAUCCAUGCUGUCCACAGACCUGCGGCUGUGUUUAGACCCAUCCAUGCUGUCCACAGACCUGCGGCUGUGUUUAGACCCAUCCAUGCUGUCCACAGACCUGCGGCUGUGUUUAGACCCAUCCAUGCUGUCCACAGACCUGCAGCUGUGUUUAGACCCAUCCAUGCUGUCCACAGACCUGCGGCUGUGUUUAGACCCAUCCAUGCUGUCCACAGACCUGCGGCUGUGUCCUCUCUCAGUGAUGCAUUGCUCCGGGCCGGGGUUGUGA